UGAGGCGGGCGUAUAAGUGAAACCGGCAACGUUCGCCCGACCAGCACUUUUUUUAUUUUAGGAGACGAGGCAAGGCGGUUUUUUCCAGGGAACGCACCACUGGAAGUGCGUGCCGCUUACACGGGGGAAAACAUGAACGUCGCGCUGGUCGCCGGAUUGGUCCUCACGUCGUUAUUGGCCGGCUGCGAAGCGCAAGGGACCAAGGGCCAGGGCAUGGUGUUUCCGCCAUCGCCGGGAACCAAAGGGGGCGGUUACUUCCCAGAAGGCGGUGGCUUUGGCGGCGGUUUCGGCGGCGGCGCCAGAGGAGGCAUGAAGGGCGGAGGCUUCAAAGGAUUCCCGCAACAGCAGCAGCAGCCACAGCAGCAACAGUUCCCUCCUCUCAUGUCCCCUCAACAGCAGUAUCCAAUGGGAGGACCCCAGCGACCGAUGUAUCAAGGACCAUCCUUCGGCUGAGUCCCAAGCUCGACGCUCGCAUCGCUCCGACGACGAGCGUCGACUGCUUAAGUGCAUAAAAACAAAAAAAUAUCCAAAAAUAGUGAGAGAGAGCACGGUGCUGGUUGCUUCGUUCUAUGGCGCGCUUCUACAUACCUUGAAAAAUAAAAACGUGGUCCGCUGUCCUACCAUUCCCUUGA